CCUCUCUUUUGUUCUUUCUUCUUUGUUUAGCUUUCUUUCUUUCUUUCUCUUUUCAACAAUAUACAUAUAUAUCAACUUUUUACAAAAGAGAAAGAACUAUUUGGAGCACUCAAUAAUGGCUUUCUCAUCUAUUCCACUCUAUCUAGAUCCUUCGAAUUGGCAACAUGAGCAAGAAAAUCAACAACAACAACAACUUGGAGUUACUAAUCAUGAGAUGAAUUACCCCUCUGAGCUCUCGCCAGCUGUGUUGCCACCUCCAGUAGCAACAGGAAGUGGCGGUCCAGCUGGCUCAGUUAGGCCUGGCUCAAUGACAGAAAGAGCCAGGCUAGCAAAGAUACCACAGCCGGAGAAUGCCUUGAAAUGUCCACGUUGUGCAUCCACGAACACAAAGUUUUGCUACUACAACAACUACAACCUUUCUCAACCGCGCCACUUCUGCAAGACUUGCCGGAGGUACUGGACUAGAGGUGGCGCGCUGAGGAAUGUCCCGGUUGGAGGUGGUUGUAGGAGGAACAACAAGAGAAGUAGCAAAAGAAGUAGAUCAACAAAAUCACCAAAUAGAAGUGAUCAAAGAUCAAGAAAUAAUGUUCCAACUAUUAGUACUAGUACUAUUACUUUCCCUAGCCAUUUGCCUCUUCCUAAUACUAGUACACAUUUAUCAUUCUUGAAUACACCUUUUCAUAAUUUAAAUGACUUCAAUUCUACACAAAAUGACAUGAAUUUUGGAGAAAUUCAAUCUCAUGAGGGUGAUGGAAGAUUUAUUGACCAAUUUAGACUUCAACAAAUGCAACAAUUUUCUUUCUUCCCCCCCCUUGAACAACAACCUAGUAAUUUAUAUCCAAUUAGUGAAUUUGGGAUUAGUCAUGAUUUGGAAAAUGUGAAGGUGGAAGAGAAUAAGAGUAGUAUUAAUAGCCAAGGGAUGAAUUUACAAAGAAAUAACACUUUGGGGGUUAAUCAAUUUUGGAUAGAUUAUAAUAUUUCUAGUACUUCUACUAGUCAACUAUUAUGAUUUUCUUGAUCUAUCUUCAAGAGAAAACCCUAUUCAAGUUUCUUGAGUUCUCAUUUUUCUUGGAUAAUGGCCUCGUCCGGACCAACUUCUGCACACAUUAUUUCACAUGUGUAUGAUCUACUAUCUCUCACCAGCAUAUGCAGUAUCAGAUUACUCUGUCUAUCAAGACUUAUGCAGGUUCCUGGUUAUCAGAUAACUCUGUUCAUCAAGGCUAAUUUGUUUCUACAAAAAUCUCAUCUAGCUAGAAGCUUUUUAAUGGUAGGUUUUCUAGUUCUAAUUUUUUGGUUCUUUGAGUAUUAUUGUAUUAUGUGUUUGUUUAAAAGUUUAGGUUUUUCUUCUUUUUAUUUUUUAAAUCUAUUCAAGAUCUCCAAACAUCAUUUAACAUGAAGAUAAUUGUGAUUCUAAGAGAUGUAAUCCAAUGCAUUGUACUAAGUAACUUAAUUAUUGAGUGAUGAUAUUCUUCUUC